ACAGGAAAAGAAAUUGCUUGACUCUCAAGCUGAUUAGUAAUUAAGAGAAUCAUGCUAAAUGAGUAAAAUCCCCUGUGAGCCUUAUGGAGUGCCUUGGAUAAAGGUUUGUUUGCUAGCAGUACAUGAAUAUUGUAUAGCGCCAUUCUAAUGAAGCAUGAAUAAAUCUGCUGCACUCAAACCACAGAAUUUGCCCCUGUGUAUAGACACCAUCUGCUCUGGAGUACAGUGCCCAAAUAACUGCAACAAGAAUGGAAAGUGUGUCAAUGGAAAAUGUGUAUGUCAGGCUGGUUUCACUGGCAUUGACUGCAGCAAAGGUGCUAACAAGGAAAAUAAGCUGUCCUCUGAUAGUAGCACUGGCAAACAAGAGGCAUCAGCCCAGGAACAAUCGAAGGCAAACAAUACAAUAAUAACUAAAAAGGACAAAGGGGAAAGGCAAGGAAGAGGUCCAGCAACUGUCGGAAAAAGUCCAUUGAACAAAGAUUUGCCUCUGAGCAAUAAUGUGACUCAAAGCACUGUGAAGAAAUCUAAUGGAACGUUAAAAGUUUUAAUGAAACUGGCAAAAAGUACUAAAGAGUCAGCAAAUGAAACUGUUAAAACAAAUCCAGAAAAAGUGAAGUUGUCAAUUUUGUCAACUGUUACUUCUACUAAAAAUGACCAAAAGCAAUCCCAGGACAGUGUUAUGAAGGAUCCUAAAGGAGGAACAACUGUUGGAGAACAAAAGUUGGAGAAGCAUGCAAAUGCAACAGAAGAGUUCAAAGGAAAAGAUCAAAAGAAACACAAAGGCGAUGAAAAGAAAGUUUUGGAAAGGCUUCUAAAUAUCACUACAUCCACUGAGAAAGACAAAAAGCCAAUCAAGGAGAGUGUUACACUUUUUAAAGAAGGCUCAUCUGGAAAGACAUUGGUGGGGAAACACUCAAAUGUUACUACUUCCACUGAAAAAGACAGGAAACCAAGCCAGGACAGUGUGACACUUUUUAAAGAAGGCUCAUCUGAAAAGACAUUGGUGGGGAAACACUCAAAUGUUACUACUUCCACUGAAAAAGACAGGAAACCAAGCCAGGACAGUGUGACACUUUUUAAAGAAGGCUCAUCUGAAAAGACAUUGGUGGGGAAACACUCAAAUGUUACUACUUACAGGAAACCAAGCCAGGACAGUGUGACACUUUUUAAAGAAGGAUCAUCUGAAAAGACAUUGGUGGGAAAACACUCAGAGGUUACUACUUCCAUUGAAAAAGACAAAAAGCCAAGCCAGGGCAACAUCACACAACCUAAAGAAGGAUCAUCUGAAAAGAAAAUGGUGGAAAAACUUUCAAAUGUGACUAUUUCCAUUAAUAAAGACAAGACGUUGCGUCAAAGCAACCACCUACCUAAGGAUGGCUCAUCAGGAAAGAGAAAAGUAGACAAGUUUCAGAAUGCUACAGCUGCCAAUAACAAAGACAUCGAGUUACUAGAGGAUGAUGAGACAACGCCUAAAAAAAAAGCAACAUCUGGAAGCAAAAAGGGGUUAACACAUGUACAUGUGACUGCUUCCACUGAAAAGGACAAGAAGCUAAACCAGGGCAAUGUCAAGCAUCUAAAUGUAACUAAUUUUACUGAAAAAGACAGGAAGAACCAGAGCAAAGUCAUACCUCGUAAAGAAAAAAUUGUUGGAAAAAGGAUAGAAUGUUUCUUCGGUCAGAAAAGGAAGAAGUUAGGAAAGGAAACAGCACAGAAACUCGUAAACACAAUGACCUCUACUGGAAAGGACAAUAAGAUACACCAGGGCAAUGUUACACUUCAUAAAGAUGAAUCGUCUAGAAAGACAAAGCUAGACAGUGUAAUAACCUCCACUGAGAAGAUAAAAAAGUUACAACAGCGCAAUGAGACAAAAGUUCUUAAUGACGUUACAACUGAAAAGGAAAGAAUGGAAAAAUAUCUGAAUGUGACUACUUUCACUGAUAAGGACAAGAAGCGUUACAAGAGUAACACCACACUUAUUAAAGAAGGGUCAUCUCAGAAGGGAAAGGCUGACAAUGUAAAUGUAAAAAAGUCCAACGAGAAAGGCAAGAAGUUUCUACAAGGUGAUGAGACAACAGCUGUCACAAAAGUAAUAUCUGUAACAGAAGAGAAAGGUGUAAAUGCAACUACCACCAGUGAAAAAGGCAAGAGUUUGCACCACAGUCACAAAGCAGAUGCAUCUAGGUUGAACAAAGUAAACAGUGAUUUAAAAAAUAGCACAAUUCCUAAAACUCAUGUUGACAGGACAACAAAAUUAACUGACAUCAUACCAGUUGAGGUUCACAACAUAACUGCCACUGGGUUUGUUAUCACGUGGAAAGCUCCUCUGGGAUUAUUCAGGAAUUUCACAGUAACAAGGAAGGAAGCUUGGUCAGAAAGAAGCAGUGAGGAUGAUGCAGAGGAAGCUGAGAAACGCAAAGGUGGUGAUAUAAAGGCAGAUGAGGUUCUUGCGGGAAGUGCUCGCUCCUAUCAUUUCAAGAAUCUUCGACCACAGAGAAAGUACUCUGUGUCCUUGAUCAGCUCUGGGCCUCAUGUACAAUCCAAAGUUCACCAUCUGUUUGUUUCCACAGCACCUGAACCACCGACAGAACUGCUGUUCAGCAACAUUACAGAAACAUCUCUCACCUUGUCUUGGACCAAACCUAAAAGCACAGUAACAGGAUUCAAAGUUACAUACACCAAUUCUGCAAAUGGAGUGACAGGAUCCAUGUCUGUUGACUCACAGUUGUCGCAUGUUCUCAUUUCCAUGCUCUCUGUUGGUUCCCGGUAUGAAAUUAGUGUCAGAUCAGUUAUGGGAGCAAUAGAGAGUGAAGCAACCACAGCCUCAGUUGUUACAGUACCUGACUCUCCCACUGACCUCCAGGCUGUGAACGUCACAGACAGUAAAGCACUGUUGGUAUGGAAGCCUGCUCAAGCUAAAGUUGAUCAUUAUAUCCUCAGUUAUGGUUCUACAAGAUCUCCUAAUGUGACAGUGACAGUGAUGUUGUCUGGCACUUCUGUGGAGCACCAGCUCCGAGGUCUACAAAGAUAUACCCUCUAUGCAGUAAAGAUCAUGAGCCAGAUCAACAGUCUCCAGAGUAGCUCUGUUUCCACAACCUUCACAACAAAAAGUGGAGUAACGUUUCAGGUAGUGACACCUAGUAAAGUCACCUGGAAUUCAGCUUUGAUUUUAUGGAAGACCACUCCUUUAACUUUCAGAAGCUAUAGACUUACAUACCAGUUUGGAGAAGAGAUUAAGGAGGUGAUCCUGAGUCCAAAUGUGACCCAGUACGAGUUAACUGAUCUGGUGGCAUCUUCUCACUACACUGUAAAAGUAGAUGGAGAAAUUGAGGGGCAGUACAUCAGUGUCGUUUCUACUGGAUUUACAACAGCGCAAUUGCCUUACCCAUACCCAGCCGAAUGCUCCAAGGUGCAGCUGAAUGGCAUGAAGAAGUCAGGAGAGGCUGAGAUUUACCCUGAGGGCAAAGAUGGAGAGGCAGUGUGGGUCUACUGUGAUAUGGAGACUGAUGGAGGAGGCUGGACAGUAUUCCAGAGGCGAGCUGAUGGAUCUACUGAUUUCUUCAGAGACUGGAAAGAUUAUAGCAAAGGCUUUGGAGAAAUGAGUGCAGAAUUUUGGCUUGGAAAUGACGUCCUUCAUGCUCUGACCAGCAUGGAACCAAUGAGCCUGCGCAUCGAUUUGCGUUUAGGAAAUGAAACGGCCUACGCUCAUUACUCCAACUUCUCUGUGGGGUCGGAGGUGAACCACUACACGAUUGAGCUGUCUGGAUACUCUGGCACAGCUGGGGAUUCCUUGAAAUACCACAGUGGUUCUCCUUUCUCAACUAAGGACAAGGAACCCAGCACUAAUAGUGGCCAUUGUACAAAGAAAUACAUGGGAGGUUGGUGGUACAAGAACUGCUACAAAGCCAACCUCAAUGGUGCCUAUGCCAAAUUCUCGAUGGACCAGGGAGUGGUGUGGAUUGAUUGGAAGGGCAAGGACGUCUCCCUCCCAUUUACUGAGAUGAAGCUGCGGCCUGCCUCGUUGAGCUACGUGACACCGAACACCCAAGGCUAGAACAUUUAGUGAAGAGCAGCCGCUGCAUGCAGAUACACUGUACAACCUUCAACACUUCACAUUCUACACUCACACUGUACAUAACUUUAGGCAAUGUAUAUCUACUUUUUUUGCAGUUAUUAUGCCCCAUACUGUGACAAAGUUCCUAAAUAUCUAAUAUUAUAUAAAUAAUCAAUCAUCCAUUGAACAUAGGAAUUUUUUUUUUCUGCAGGAUACAUAUUGUGUGCCACAUUAUCUACUUUUAUAUGACAGUACAGAAGGCUUAUGUGCUAUCAAAACAUUCAGAGGAUUCUUUCACUGUUCCUGACUCACACCGCUACUGAAAUGAAUGCACUGUUGGAUGUAAAGGUUACAGACUAGCGUUCUCUUCUGUUCCAUUUUUUAUAAAGAGGUUUUGUAGAAAUACCAAAUAAAUUGCAAAUAUUGACCCAAUUGGAUUGUGAAAGGAUUUUUUUUUGUCCAAUACCAACAUGUGCGCUGUAAAAGAAAAUUGCUGUAAAUGUACAGUAUUUCUUUCAGUAUUUAUAAAUGUACAGUACUUCUCUAAAACCUUUUUUUUUUUUUUUACAGGAUUUUACUGUAAAUGAUUGGGCAAUGCACUGCUUAGCAGUAAUAUAGCAGAAAAAGCAACGCAUAAUGGGAUAUCUAACCUUUUAGGUAGGAGUGAGAACGAUUCUCUUUUAGUUAAUAUCUGCAAAUUAGUGGUUAGCUUUUGUGCCCUUUAUUUUAGUGUAUUUUUAAGCAAACACAAACCCUCUUUGGUAUAAGUUUAUAUGCUAGUAAAAAAAAAUAAACUUCAGUUUAGUAUUUUUUAGUAAUUUUAGUUGAUGGAAGUGAUGGCUCAGUGGUUAGGGUUUUGAGCUACAGAUUAGAAGGUCAUGAGUUCAAAUCUUAUCACUAACAAACUGCCAUAGUCCUUGAACAAGACCCCUAACCUUCAACUGCUUGGUUAUAUACUGUCUCAGUUGUAAGUUGCUUUGGAUAAAUGCAUUAAGCAGAUGUGACGGGUUAAGUUUUAUAUUGUAUA